GCAGCACAUACCUAGAAAUAUGGCACAGCCAUGGCUGAACGUCAGCCUACAUCCAGAGGGAAGUAACUUUACAUAAUCUAACCAUCAUUAUUUUAUCCAAAGCCUAAGGUUAAGCUAUAACGCGACCGUUCUGCUUAUUGCAUUUAUAAACCCGAACGCUUGUUUGUAUUUUCUGUAUAGAACGAGAACGGGUGCCUUUGGGACCCUACUAUCUGGGAUCGUUGGGACGUCCCUACCCCUCAUUGCAGUUGACAUGGUUAAGGUAAUGCGUUAAAGUAAUGCAUUAAGGUAGUGCGUUAAAGGUAAUGCGUUAAGGUAAUGCGUUAAGGUCGUGCGUUAAAGUAAUGCAUUAAGGUUAUGUGUUAAGGUAAUGGCAGGGACGGCCCAAGGAUCAUAAAUAGCAGUGACCAUAGCCUGUGUCCCCCGGAGAGGGCACACGGGUUCGGGAGCCAUUACUUGUGACGUAACUAGCUCGUUAACCGGCUGUUUUAACUCAGACUGCGGUAGCGGCCGGGUGUAAAAGUCGGAAGUAAAUGACCGACAGUCACCUCCUGGCCAAAACGUGUUGAGGCGGAUAGGUCUUUACACCUUUUGUCAGCUAAAUAAAAGGCGCACAUUAUUGGUACUAAGAGCGAAGAAAUAUUUUAUACUCGAGCAAUUUCGUUUAAAAAAAAAUAAUUAAGGAGGGUGCGCAGGGUGGUAUUUUAUCGUACGAGCUAGAUAGAGACAGCAGCUCUUUGUUUCGCUUAGUUUAGUUAAUUUAGUCGGAUAUCUGAAGUAGCUGGACAACUGCGACAAUGGAUAAAGCAAAAGCAAUUAUCGGGAAAAAAGGGUCCGGAUCUUGUCAUGCCAACGGACUUCAGAGGGAGUUUCAUUCCCAGGCUAACAUCGGCGGCUGUAACGCUUACAAAUCAAGUGGAAACUGUAGUGGUGACAGUAGCAAUAUUGAACACUUCCAUCACCUGCAGCCCGAUCACGUCGAAGCCAAUGGGUCAUCUCCUGCGAAAAGAUGCCGGUUACGAAGAAGAGUUGAGUCGGUGAAGAGAAACAGACCACCCUUUCCCUGGUUCGGGAUGGACAUCGGCGGUACUCUGGUGAAGCUGGUCUACUUCGAGCCUAAGGACAUCACGGCGGAGGAGGAACAGGAAGAAGUGGAAAACCUGAAGAGCAUCCGCCGCUACCUGACCUCCAACACGGCGUACGGGAAGACGGGCGUCCGAGACGUCCACCUGGAACUGAAGAACCUGACCAUGUGCGGCCGGACGGGCAACCUGCACUUCAUCCGCUUUCCAACGCAGGCCAUGCAUCGCUUCAUCCAGAUGGGCAGCGUCAAGAACUUCUCCAGCCUCCACACCACGCUCUGCGCCACGGGCGGAGGGGCCUACAAGUUCGAGAACGACUUCAGAACGAUGGCUGAUUUAGAGCUGUUGAAGCUGGAUGAGCUUGACUGUCUGAUUCACGGCCUGCUCUAUGUGGACUCCGUGAGGUUCAACGGCCACCCUGAGUGCUUCUACUUUGAGAACCCGUCAGACACCCAGAACAGCGCGAAGACUCCGUGCAGUCUGGCCGACCCGUUCCCUAUGCUGCUGGUCAACAUUGGAUCUGGGGUUAGCAUCCUGGCUGUAUACUCUAAAGAUUACUACAAACGGGUCACCGGCACAAGUCUUGGUGGGGGUACGUUCCUGGGCCUGUGCUGCCUGCUGACUGGGUGUGAGACAUUUGAAGAGGCUCUGGAUAUGGCUAGCAGAGGCGACAGCAGCAAUGUGGACAAGCUGGUGAGGGAUAUCUACGGAGGAGACUAUGAGCGUUUCAGCCUCCAAGGAUCUGCUGUAGCCUCCAGCUUUGGCCACAUGAUGAGUAAACAGAAACGAGACUCCAUCAGCAAAGAGGACCUGGCCCGGGCUAUGCUGGUCACCAUCACCAAUAACAUCGGUUCCAUUGCACGCAUGUGUGCCGUCAAUGAGAAAAUCGAGAGAGUUGUGUUUGUUGGGAAUUUCUUACGGAUCAACACCGUGUCUACUAAGCUGCUGGCCUACGCCAUGGACUUCUGGUCCAAGGGACAACUGAAGGCCCUGUUCCUAGAACACGAGGGAUAUUUUGGCGCGGUUGGGGCAUUCCUGGAGCUGCUAAAGUCGUCUGAGGAGCCAUGAUGAUAUGCCACUGCCCGAGAAGCCGCCACAGGAAACUGGAAAAAGCCAUUUAAUUUAACUAGAAAUAUCUUUGAUCUAUUUUUCUCUAAAAUCCCCUCAAAUAGAGGUUUUAUUAAUAAAGCUAAUGUAAUGUCUCAUGUCA